AUGGAACGAUGUUCAUUUGUUUUGAAAAAGAAAAACCGAAAAUGUCGAAUGCUGGUGAAAUAUGGCCAGAAAUACUGUGGAGAGCAUGCUAUUUGCGAUGUGCUGAAUGAGGAUCGUGUAGUUUGUCCGAAUGAUCCAAAACAUACAGUGAACAAAUCGCAACUGCAGAAACAUUUAUCUUCUCGGUGUAACAGUCGUUUACCUGAGGAACCGUGGAUUGUUGAAAAUUUUAAUCUGACAGGAUCUCCAAAGGAAGUGGAACCAUGGUAUCGUCCUACAAAUGGCGAAUUGUUGAGAGUGCGGGAAAUGGUCGAAAGAAUAUACGACCAGAUAGCUAAUGAUAUUACCGAUUCCUUUCUGAAAAAUGAUUAUAUUGAAAGCUGUGUAGCGGAUCUUUCAAAAGUAAAUAAAAAACAUAUCUGGCAGAUAUCAUCGAUAAUAGAACAUCUGAGAGUAGUCGAUUUACUGAAUAACGAUGAGCGCUGGUGUUUAAUAGAUUUUGGAACUGGCAAAGCAGAACUUUCAUACUGGAUGGCCAAAGUUGCUCCAAAAUCUCGGUUUCUUCUGAUUGAGAAGAUGGGCUCACGAAAUAAAUUUGAUAGUAAAAUUCAUAAGAAAGUCUCGUGGACACUCCUCAUAUCUACUAAAAAUUUGUUUCAAAUUGAGGAACUGGAUGAAAUAUUUUUUGAACGACUACGCUGUUCUGUGGAGCAUCUUGAUUUGUCGAAAACUGAUUUGAUUCAGAAUGUGGAUAAUAUAGCAGCGGUAUGCAAACAUUUCUGUGGUGCUGCCACGGAUCUUGGUAUUCGAUGUUUAAUGAAUGGAGUGAAAAAUGGUUUGAAUAUAUGUGGUUUUGUUUUAGCACCAUGUUGCCAUCAUCGAACUACAUACAGAGAGUAUGUUGGUCGUACCUUCUUGGAAUAUCAUGGUAUUUGUGGCGCUAAUGAAUUUGCAGCUUUAAGGCAUAUUUCAACAUGGGCCGUUUGCGGUUUACCCGUUCAGGAAAAUUUCGAUCAACAGAAAGCAGUGUUGGAAAGCACCUCUUUGAAUUCGUUGGAAAAAGAACUUCUUGGACUGAAAGCUAAAGCAGUUUUGGAAUUUGGUCGAGUCGUAGAACUUCAAAAUUAUCACAGAAAUUUCGAGCGAUUGAGCAAUCUGGAUCUUUUGCGAGGUUCUGGUCUAAACUCAGCUUCGGGUCCCGAAACAUCUGAGGAACAAAAGAAGCGAUUCGAAAUUGAAUGUGAAUUUGUACAGGCUUUAGCUAAUCCUCAUUAUUUGAACUUUUUGGCACAGCGAGGUUAUUUUAAGGAAUCCUGCUUUAUAAAUUAUUUGAAAUACCUCUUGUAUUGGAAAAGGCCAGAAUACGCAAGAGCUUUGAAAUAUCCGCAGUGUUUACACUUUCUUGAAGCGGUACAGAGCUCAGCUUUUCGUGAGGCGAUAACUUGUACAGCAAAUGCAAAGUUUAUCGAAGAACAGCAGUUACUGCAGUGGCAAUAUUAUACCCGUAAACGUCAACGAUUGCAUAUGUAUACGACAGAACAUGAUGAUGACGAGCAGGAAUGGAAGCAGCAACAGCCACAACAACGGCAAAAAGCUCCAACGACAUCUUCCUAA